AAAGGUUGGAUGCGAUCCGCCAAACCAAUCUCAAAGAAGAACAUAUUCGCUAACGCCGCAUUUUCGAAAUGGCAUAUGUCGAGUUUAAGUUUGAGGACGAAAUAACUAAAUACAUUCGGGAACAAGAAUUGGCAACGUCACUGAAAUUCGUAACAUUGGGAAAGGACAAAAGUUUUGGUCAAAAGGAUGCACAGCCUUUGGCACGGAAAAAACUCAGCUGGGAGAGUAAAAGUAUCCCAUUCAAUGGUGUUCCGUUUCAAGUUGUUGGCACAAAGACGUAUGAAUGCCACCAGGGCAAAGACAGACAGACAAAAGCCAAAGAGAAAUAUGCUGCUGAAAGAGACAAGAAGGAACUUGAAGACCAUGCCUUUGUAAAGAGACGGAAACUGGCACAAAAUACCAAAAAGGUGGACUGCAAGGCUAUAAUAAACAUCGCCCAAGUUAUCCGCUUUCCUGAUUUUAAGAUUGAGGAAAGUACAGUGCGCUAUAAAAAGGAGGCCUCCCAAACUCUGAAGGCAGCACUAAGUGAAACACCCAGCUCCGUGAAGGCAGAGGUUGUCUACUGCGUCAGGUUCCCCUCCCUCUCUGAGCACAGCUCACAUGCAGUUGUUGGCGAGGCAGCUUAUGUUCGGGAAGCUGUAGAUGCCAGGCUGAGAGAGAAGAUUGAGCAGCUGACUCUGUCUGGUGUGAGAAAGAUGACUGAAAUGAAGUGUCAUCUGAACACCUUUGUAGUGGAAGAGCUUUUCCAUGGAGAGCAGCCCCCUCCACCUACUCGCAGGCGCUAUUACCCCACUGACAGUGACAUAAGAAAUGUCAUGUUUAAGACCAAGCAGGCCACCAGAGACUCCAACAUUGACCGUCCAUACGAAGGUCCAUCUGUAAGAGGAAAGAGGUCCUCUAGGAAGCUGCUGCGGUUACGGAGGCAAUGUGCAGGAUAUCUUAAAGAGAUCACAGAACUCACUUAUCAUCUCCAAGAGGAACAGUACGUGACUGACCUGUCUUCACAGCUCAGAAGCGUGUUGCUGGAUAUGAAGGCCCAUGUUCCACAGGAUAAAGGCCUUCCACUGAACUUUUCUCCAAGGAAGAGAAAAGCUGAGAUGGACAUGGACCUCAUUCCAACCAAGAGUGCGUCACACCCUUUCACAGACGGGGUAGAACAGUAUACAGAGGACAUAGUGAGUGUGGAUACCUUGUUGGCAUUGAGCCUAGGUUAGUAGGGCUGUGUGGAUACAUUGCUGGCAUUGAGCCUAGGUUAGUAGGGCUGUGUGGAUACCUUGUUGGCAUUGAGCCUAUGGCUGAUGACUGUGUGGGUUCUGCCACCAAUUGAGUAUAUUUUGGUUAGUGUAACUUUUAUUUAAACUAAUGUUAACAUUCUGUCAACACAACUUGAUAAAAACAUGUUUUCUCAUCUCAAGAUGUUAAACAAAUAAAUUACUAUAGUAAGUCAUUUAGGAAGCAUAUAUAUAUAUAUACACUGUUCCUCUCUUCUGCUGCUACUCUGUACUUUAUUUUAUUAUUGUCUGUCCUGAUGCCUAGUCACUUUACCCUGCACAUUUAUCUCCUUGAUCUGGUACUGGUACUUCCUGUAUGUAGCUGCACAUUGAUCUGGUACUUCCUGUAUAUAGCUGCACAUUGAUCUGGUACUUCCUGUAUAUAGCUGCACAUUGAUCUGGUACUUCCUGUAUAUUGUGUAUUCUAUUCCUCUUGUUACAAUCCCAAAAUGUUUUAAACUUUGCAUCGUUGUGAAGGGCUGUAAGCAUUUCGCGGUUAAAUCUACACCCGUUGUAUUCGGCGCAUGUGACAAAUAACAUUUGUUUUGAAGUCCCCAAAUUAAGUAACAGGGUUGACCUUAUGUGUUGACGUUUAAUCUUAAAUCAGACAAUUUCAAAAUGUACAAUUCUGAACGUUUCUUUGAAACUGUGUACGUUGUACUUGUGGAUAUUGAAAACAAAACAUUGAAAAUCAAGAUGUACCAAUUUGUUUGUCUACAUGCCAUUUUAAAAACAAUGCAGAAAUUGGAGUAAAACAAGUAACUAUGAGUAAGAGCCAACAUAAUGACAAGCUUGCAAUCUGUUUGAGGGGUUGGGUGAAAUGCUGAAGACACAUUUAGGUUGAAUGCAUUCAGUUUUACAACUAAGUAUUCCCUUUCCCUGAAUAAGCAACCUGGUCUUGGAGCAUUUGGUAUUAUUCUGUACGUAAAUCCGAGAUACUCCACUUAGUAUAUGUUUCGUAUGGUAUAUAUUAAUCUGGGGAUGUCCAUCACCCAUUCUGUAUGACAUUUUACGAAGUAUAAUUAAUAUUAUAUUUUUAAAAUUUGCAAAAAGUAUACUAUGUUAUGAAUUCAAGCUAGGUGGGUAAUGUUAGCCAGGCUGGUGGUUAGUGGAAGGGUUAGCUAACAUGCUAAGUAGCUAAAAUGCUAAAGUUGUCGAUGAUGAAAUUCAAACUCGCAACCUUUGGGUUGUUUGUGUUUAUAUACACCUACCUAUCCACCUGACUUAAGUAACCAUACCAAACGUAACAUCCAGUGCAUUCAGAAAGUAUUUAGACCCCUUACCUUUUUCCACAUUUUGUUACGUUACAGCCUUAUUCUAAAAUGGACUAAUUUAAAUGUUCAUCAAUCUACACACCAUACCCCCUAAUGACAAAGGGAAAACAGGUUUUUAUAAAUUUUGGCUAAUUUAUUUUAAAAAACCUAAAACUUAUUUGCAUAAGUAUUCAGACCCUUUGUGAUGAGACUGGAAAUUGAGCUCAGUUGCAUCCUGUUUCCAUUGAGCAACCUUGAGAUGGUUCUACAACUUGAUUGGAGUCCACCUGUGGUAAAUUCAAUUGAUUGGACAUGAUUUGGAAAGGCACAUACCUGUCUAUAUAAGGUCCCACAGUUGACAGUGCAUGUCAGAGCAAAAGGUUGAAGGAAUUGUCCGUAGAGCUCCGAGAUAGGAUUGUGUCGAGGCACGGGUCUGGGGAAGGAUACCAAAACAUGUCUGAAGCGUUGAAGUUACCCAAGAACAGUGGCCUCCAUCAUUCUUAAAUGGGGAAGUUUGGAACCACUAAGACUCUUCCUAGAGCUGUCCACCCGGCCAAACUGAGCAAUCGGGGGAGAACGGCGUUGGUCAGGGAGGUGAUCAAGAACCCGAUGGUCACUCUGACAGAGCUCGAGAGUUCCUCUGUGGAGAUGAGAGAACCUUCCAGAAGGACAACCAUCUCUGCAGCACUCCACCAAUCAGGCCUUUAUGGUAGUGGCCAGAUGGAAGCCACUCCUUAGUAAAAGGCACAUGUCAGCUGGCUUGGAGUUUGCCAAAAGGCAUCUAAAGGACUCAGAAAAAAUUGGAAACAAGAUUCUCUGGUCUGAUAAGAGUUCAAUCUUGGUUAAGCCUGAAUGCCAAGCGUCACGUCUGAAGGAAACAUGGCACCAUCCCGUGGGGAUGUUUUUCAGCGACAGGGACCCAGCCAGAACCUGGACUUGAACCCAAUCGAACAUCUCUGGAGAGACCUAAAAAUAGCUGUGCAGCGACGCUCCCCAUCCAACCUGACAGAGCUUGAGAGGAUCUGCAGAGAAGAAUGGGAGAAACUCCCCAAAUACAGGUGUGCCAAGCUUGUAGCGUCAUACCCAAGAAGACUCUGCUGUAAUCGCUGCCAAAGGUGCUUCAACAAAGUACUGAGUAAAGGGUCUGAAUACUUACGUAAAUGUGAUAUUUCAUGUUUUUUAUUAAUAAAUUUAGCCAACAUUUCUAAACCUGUUUUUGUUCUGUCAUUAUGGGGUUGUGUGUGUGGAUUAAUGAGGGGGGGGGACUAUUUGAUCAACGUUAGAAUAAGGCUGUAAAGUAACAAUGUAGAAAGUCAAGGGUUCUGAACUCUUUCUGAUUGCACCGUAUCAUACUAAUGAGUGUCCUGGAGUUCCACGUACUAUGCUACGUCUAGUCUUUGAGACCAGGCUGGAAUAAGACAUCCGAUUACCACUUUGCGUUUAGAACGGGCUCACCGUUGGUUUUUAUUAUAGCUAAUAAAUAACCAAAUCAUUGAGGCAAUGGAAACGUAUGGCCUUUUUGCUCAACUCCUUCGUUCUCGCUCUGUGUUCUCACUUUUGAUAAAGAUCAUAUGUAAAUGACGAGAGGGAAUGUGGAUGGAAAAUGUGCUUGUAUGAAAUUCUCCACUCGUGCAUCAUCAUGCAAAUGUUUAACGUGGUGGAUUCAAAAAUAAAUGAGGAAAGUGAUACAACCCAA